UUUAAUUUACCAUGUGACCAACUUUCGCGCCACGUUUGUUUUGUUGACAACUUAGGACGAAGCUAGCUGUAAGGCUUAAUUACGCUGGUGGGUGAAAAAUCCCGUCGAUUUUGCUUUCGGAAGGUUUUUUUUAUCUGUUAUACUGAGUCCACAACUUGUGAAUCAGCAUGCCUGCUAAAGACUACAACGCCGAGAAAGAAAAGUGCAAAAGUUUUCUCACGGAUUUUUACAACGAGGGGGAUGACGGCACAAAGAACUUCAAGUAUGCAAGACAGCUGGUGGCCGUUGCCCACCGUGAGCAGGUUGCCUUGACAAUUGACCUGGAUGACAUCAACGAGGUUGACCCCGACUUGGCCGAGUCGAUUAUGGAAAACACUCGGCGGUACACCAACCUCUUUGCCGACGCCGUCUUCGAUUUGCUUCCGGACUAUCGAGAGAAAGAGGUCAUCCACAAAGAUGCUCUAGAUGUUUACAUCGAGCACAGGUUGCUUAUGGAACAGCGUUUACGGGGCCCCAACCCGGGGGAGAUCAGAGACCCCAGGAACCAGUUUCCGCCGGAACUCAUGCGCAGAUAUGAGAUCUAUUUCAAAGUUCCCAGCCAACAGAAGGCACUGUCUAUCCGCGACGUCAAAGCCGACAAGAUUGGCAAGUUAGUGUCUGUCCGUGGCAUAGUGACCCGGUGCACCGAGGUCAAGCCGAUGAUGACAGUGGCCACCUACACCUGUGACCAGUGUGGCGCGGAGACCUACCAGCCGAUUGGCUCACCUACCUUCAUGCCGCUACUGAACUGCCGGAGCCAAGCCUGUGACGCUAAUAAGUCCGGUGGCCGUCUGUACCUGCAGACUCGAGGGUCAAAGUUCGUCAAGUUCCAGGAGAUCAAGAUCCAAGAGCACAGCGACCAGGUGCCCGUGGGCCAUAUCCCCCGCAGCAUGACGAUCUACUCGCGGGGCGAGACCACGCGUUGCUGUCAGCCGGGUGACCACAUUGGAGUCACGGGGGUGUACCUGCCCAUGCUGAGGGUCGGCUUCAGACAGAUGGCCCAGGGCUUGCUGUCAGAGACAUACAUGGAGGCACAUCACAUUGUGAAGAUGAACAAAGCUGCCGAAGAGGAAAUGAGUCUGAAGGAGCUCACCGACGAAGAGAUCCAACAAAUUGCAGAGGAGGACUUUUAUGAGAAGCUCGCCUGCUCCAUCGCGCCGGAGAUUUACGGCCACGAGGACGUGAAGAAGGCCCUCCUGCUGCUGCUGGUGGGUGGAGUGGACCGCAACCCCAAAGGAAUGAAGAUCAGAGGGACCAUCAACAUCUGCCUGAUGGGCGAUCCUGGUGUGGCCAAGUCGCAGCUACUCUCCUACAUUGACAGACUUGCGCCGAGAAGUCAGUAUACAACCGGUCGGGGUUCGUCCGGUGUGGGUCUGACUGCCGCCGUCAUGAAGGAUCCAAUCACCAACGAGAUGGUGCUGGAAGGUGGCGCCCUCGUGCUGGCUGACCAAGGCGUCUGCUGCAUUGACGAGUUUGACAAGAUGAACGAGACGGACCGGACGGCCAUCCAUGAGGUCAUGGAACAGCAGACAAUAUCCAUAGCAAAGGCUGGCAUCAUGACCUCCCUAAACGCCCGUGUGUCCAUCCUAGCGGCGGCCAACCCCGCCUACGGACGUUACAACCCAAAGAAGUCCAUCGAGCAUAACAUCCAACUGCCCGCCGCCCUGCUGUCCCGAUUCGAUCUGCUCUGGCUGAUCCAGGACAAGCCAGACAGGGAGAACGAUCUACGGCUUGCCCAACACAUAACCUACGUCCACCAGCACAGCACACAGCCGCCUAUGCAGUUCACCCCGCUGAAUAUGAACCUCAUGCGUCGGUACAUAGCUCUCUGCCAGACUAAGACUCCUGCUAUUCCUGAAUCACUGACGGACUACAUCACGGGGGCGUAUGUCGAGAUGCGUAAAGAGGCCCGCGGGAGCAAGGAUACCACCUUCACCUCGGCACGGACACUCCUUGCCAUCCUGCGGCUGUCCACAGCUCUGGCCCGUCUCAGGUUGGUGGACGUUGUAGAAAAGGAAGAUGUGAACGAAGCAAUGAGGUUGAUGGAGAUGUCGAAGGAAUCCCUGCACGGACAGCAAGAGGUCACCGGAAGGAAGCAGCGGUCGGAAGACGUCAUCUUCAGCAUCAUCCGCGAGAUGGUGUCAGGCAAGCAGAGCGUCAAGUUUGCUGAUGCCCGCCAGACCUGCCUGGCCAAAGGCUUCACCAACGACCAGUUUGAGGAAGCCUUGGAUGCCUACGAAGAGCUGAACGUGUGGCAGGUCAACAAUGCCCGCACCAAGAUAACGUUUGUGUAGGAGAAGAUGACGAGGGCAAGGCCACGUCCAAAUCAGUUGGCUCGGGCUUGUUGGAACACGUGUCCAUGGGAAUUCACUGCAGCCACCAGCCAGUGGCUAGCUAUAGACACGAGUUAUUUCCAGGGGUAUUGAAUUCAUGUUAAUGUACAUUAACACAUGUAACAUUUUCAUGUACAUGUACAUGAUGUUUGAUGUGCAAACCAAGGCCAAUUUCUCAAAGAGCUGGCUUUUAGCUUCGGGCACCGUGUUCACAGAUUGUGGCCCCUUCCCCUCUUUGGAGACCUCUGCUAAGUUACGACUCUUUUUCUGUGGCAGGAAAAUCCAAUUCCAGUGGACUGAAGCAAAAGUCAGGGGUCAUCCUGUUUGGUUUUGAGGCUAAAAAGAUUAGGGUCUCCCACAAAUGAAGACAACGUUCCAGAAAUGGGUCAGUGUCCGCCUUAUGUUUAAAAUUUUUUCGGGGAGAUGGGUUAGGGACCACAAGGGGUGAGUGAAGUCAGAGGAUUGAAUUUUGGAGACACAAAUGUUACGAUGCAUAGAAGAUUGUUCAAAGUUCCCAAUUGUAGCUCUUUGUUUUAAAAGCAUUAAAGGAUCCAGGACAUGAAUUUUUCUUAGAAUCAC